CACACACACACACACACACACACACACACACAUCCCUGGUGGUCAUCAGCUGACUGUGACAGAGCCGCUAUAGCGCCAACCAAGCUACACUUAAUGGACGUGGAGUAGAAUCUGCAAACACAAAUACACACUUGUGGAGCGGAGGCGCACAAGCAGCAAUUUUUGUGUGUGUGUGUUUGACUAUGACCGAUAUCGCAGCGGAGGAAGAUAAGGACCCAGACAUCGAAUUGUUCGUCAAGGCUGGCAGUGAUGGGGAGAGCAUUGGAAAUUGUCCAUUCUCACAACGUCUUUUCAUGAUCCUUUGGCUGAAAGGCGUGGUCUUCAAUGUCACCACAGUUGACCUCAAAAGGACACCAGCUGACCUUCACAACCUGGCCCCAGGGACACACCCACCCUUCCUCACAUUCCAGGGGGAGGUGCUCACUGAUGUCAAUAAAAUAGAGGAGUACUUGGAGGAAAUGCUGGCUCCACCCAAGUAUCCCAAACUUGCAGCGAAGAACCACCAGUCCAACACAGCGGGAAACGAUGUGUUCGCCAAGUUCUCAGCUUACAUUAAAAACACAAGUCCCAAUAAGAAUAAGGCAUUAGAGCAGAGUCUCAACAAGGCUCUGGUAAAACUGGACGAGUAUUUGAUGAACCCGCUACCCAAUGAGGUUCAUCUUGUCGAUGGAGAAUCUACGCGCAAAUACCUGGAUGGUGAUGAGCUGACGCUGGCUGACUGCAACCUCCUUCCCAAACUUCAUGUCGUCAAGGUGGUGGCGAAGAAAUACCGCAAUUACGACAUCCCUUCCCAGUAUAGAGGUGUGUGGCGUUACCUUGGCAACGCUUACAGCAGAGAUGAAUUCACCAACACGUGUGCAGCUGAUGUGGAAAUUGAGCUAGCCUACAAGGAUGUUGCUAAAACACUCGGAAAAUGAGCUGCAAAAUCCCUGUCAUACUUUUCAUAAUGGUAAAAUUGUGCAUCUGACACAAUUUAUUGUUGUGCGUCUGAAAACAGACCAAUUUGCAAAUCAGAUUAUGGCAAAAUAAUUGUUGAAUAAUUGCUGUCCUACAAUUAACUCGAUGAGAAUAUCGCUAGAAUAUUUUUGUGAACGAACACUGUCUUAUAACCGAGCAAAAUGCACUAAAUGAUUUUUUUAUGUUUUUUCGUCUUUCUUCAGAUGGAAUGAUUUUCACUUCUAUAUCCCUAUGUACACUUUCAUAGUUGACAUACUUGACUGUAAAAGCCACUUAAGUUUGCAUUUGAUAGGAUGGGUUCAACAUUUGCACACGCACAAAUAAAUGAGAAGUUUAGUGCAGUAGGCUUUCACAUUGCAUUGUAUUCUGUGUUUCUGGCUGGACAUAAAUAUUCUCUCUUUCUAUUCUACUGCAAACUGUGUAUAACAACGUGAAUGGGAAUUUUUGUCAAAAUGAUUUGUAACUGUGUUGUUGUUUUGCACUAUUCUGCAGCUGUGUCAGCUGGUUAUGGAUGUAAUGUGAUUUAAAUUCAGAGAUGAUCUGAAGUACUUACUAUGUUCUGAAAAAACAAACAAAGACAAUGAACUUCUUUA